AUGGCCACUAUCACCCCCCUGCAUGGCGCAUAUAUAACAUUGGUCCCGCCACUGCAUGCAUUCGGCCUGGGCCAUCUCCUCAUCCAAACCCUGCUGGGUCUGAUGCUGCUGCUGCUGGAUAUCCAUGGCAGCCUACUGCUGGGCCUGCGCCUGCUGGGCGUGCCAUACCGCCAUGGGAAUGGAUGGCUGGCUGCAAAUAACUCAUUGGAUGGGGUGGGACUGGCAGCCUCCCUGGGGACCUUGCACGGCAGCUGGCUGUGGCUGAGCUGGGGUGCCUCUCUCCCUGCCUCUCUCCUGCCUGAUGGCCUGCCUGGUAUGGAACCUCUGGGCUUGCUCACCUGGCAUGGGGCUACUACCAACCUGGCUGGAUCCACCUCCUGCCCCUCCCAAUCAGGAUUACACCCGUCACAUGCCUGCUCCCUGGCAUCCGCAUCCUAG